AUGGGACAAGAGGAAAGUCACAAUGAGGAGAUGGACUUGGCACGGAUUCAUGAGCUGUGUGUCAUUUUUAUGAAGGAGUGUCCAAGCGGUGCCCUGCACCUGCAUGAGCUCAAGAAGAUCUUUGGAGUCUCAAGCAGCUCUGUAGAGGAGUCCCUUUUCAUAGAAACAAUAUUCAACUCGUUCGACACAAACAAGGAUAACACACUGGAUUUCCUCGAGUAUGUGGCAGCACUUCACUUGAUCUUACGAGGUAAUCUUGAAGAUCGGCUCAAGUGGUCCUUCAAGAUGUAUGACAAUGAUGGAAACGGCAGGCUGGACAGGACGGAGGUGAAACGGCUUGUCAGGAUUCUUUACAAAAUCAAACUCCAGAAGACUCACAUCAGCAUGACUCCAUCCCAAAUCUGUGACCGAAUCUUUGAGCUGGUUGACCAGAACAAUGAUGGUGAGAUAACCUUGUUGGAGUUCAUGGAGGGAGCUCAGAAGGAUGAAUGGGUCAUGAACCUACUGAAGCUUGAUGUCAACGCCACCGGCUGGGUCAUUCAGAACUGCGGCAGACUGCAAUCAGCCACAUGA